CCGAGGCCAUGGCUUCCAAACUCCUGCGCGCGGUCAUCCUGGGCCCCCCCGGCUCGGGCAAGGGGACGGUGUGUCAGAGGGUCGCCCAGAACUUUGGCCUCCAGCAUCUCUCCAGCGGGCACUUCUUGCGGGAGAAUAUUCACGCCAACACCGAAGUUGGUGACAUGGCAAAACAGUACAUAGAGAAAGGCCUUCUGGUUCCAGAUUACGUGAUCACACGCCUAAUGAUGAAGGAGUUGGAAAACCGGCAAGGGGAACACUGGUUAUUAGAUGGUUUCCCUAGGACAUUAGUUCAGGCUGAAGCUCUCCACACAAUCUGUGACCCGGAUCUAGUGAUCAGCUUGAACAUUCCUUUUGAAACGCUCAAGGACCGUCUGAGCCAGCGCUGGAUCCACCCUCCUAGUGGAAGGGUUUAUAAUCUGGACUUCAACCCACCUCAUGUGCACGGGCUCGACGAUGUCACUGGUGAGCCAUUAAUCCAGCAGGAGGAGGAUAAACCUGAAGCACUUGCUGCCCGGCUCAGACAGUACAAAGAUGUGGCCAAGCCGGUCAUUGACUUAUACAAGAGCCGAGGAGUGCUCCACCAGUUUUCUGGAACGGAGACCAACAAAAUCUGGCCCUACGUUUACACACUGUUUUCAAACAAGAUCACACCUGUUCGGUCCAGACAAGCCUACUGAGCCUGCCCGCCAAGGGGAAGAACCAGGAAUGUCAACUCAUUCACCCGUUUGUGUAGUUGUUGGCGCCACGUCCCGAUUAAAGCUAGCUAAGAUA